UAGUGUCAUAAUACAACAAGGUAUUAAAAGCGACCCUAAUAGUACUGACAUUCAGGAAUUUUCCUGUACUGUAGAUGCAGUUGGUCACACAGUACAGACACAGUCAGGCUGUUCUGAUACUGAGUCAAGUAUACCAACAAACAUUCAAAGUGAUCAAGGUACUGUCAGUAAAAACAAUUCAACCAUUGUAAUAAAGGACAUUGGAGAUAGUAUACCUAAAGAUACCCAAAAAUAUCCUCAGGACAACACGGUAUCUCUAAGUUUUAAUGAAGUUUAUAAUCAGGCACAAGAAAUAUCAGACAAUCAAAGCAGUCAACGCAGUCAUAAUUAUGAUCAAAUACCUCAAGAUUUCAAGGAGAGCCAACGAAAUAAUCUUGAAGAAUCCAUCCAAGUGCAAUUAAAUACCAAAGAAACCUAUGAUAACUCUAAUGGAAGUAGUGACGUGCCUUUAGAAGCAAAAGGAAGUCAAGGAAAGGAGCUGGAAUCAGAAUUGUUCGAUUCAAGAACGAUCAAUACCCAUCAGUGGACAGUUUGCCAAAAUGAGUCAGCACCCUCUGAUGUUAAUAUGCCUGAUAUGCCUAAUAACCAUCAUGAGCUCCCAAGUCCUACAAUCAAACAAGUCGAGCUUUCUCAUGGUUUCAUAACAAGCAACGGCAAUACCCAUAAGUUUGACUGUGAUAGUCCAACUUCAGUUUUGACACAGAUAACUUGUAGUACUAUAGAAGUAAAUGUAACAAGUGCCUUUCAUGAGCAGGUCUCAUCCCAAGAAUCAGCCCCUAGCGAAACCCUUGGUGAAAACAAGGUAAGAAACCUUAGUCUUAACUCUAGUCAACAUGGUCAUAAUGCUGUGACAUCAGAGCCUGGUGUUACAGAUCAAGAGUUGCCAACAAAUGCUGUACCACUUAAAGGCUCCAUGAAUUCAAGAGAAGAAGCAAUGAAAUCAUCUUUCAUUGAUAUAUUGAAAGGGUAUGAAAAAUUACAUCCUGAUAUAGCUGGGCCAGAAGUUCAGACUCCCACUCAAGCAAUAAACAAAGAUUGGAAAGCACCUGGUGAAAUUUCUGCUCCAUCAAAUCUGAUUUCUAUUAAUGAAUUAUCUACUAAACAAACUUAUAUAUCUACUGUGAAAGGUCAAUCUGAUACUGAGCAUGAUAGGGCAAGAGAUCAAUCUAUAGCUAUAAAUUCUAGAGGUCAUGAUAACCAAAUAUUAGAGUUAACAGACAGUAAAUUAGGGAUUCAGAAUAUGACACUACCCAGUGUCUCAACCUCUGUAUUUGAUACAGAAAAUAUUGACAGAACUGUGCCAAGUUCAGUUGAGCCUCAGCCAGAGGUGCCAGUGUCUAAGUCUAAACAGGUUAAGUCAUCAAUACUUGAACUUUUCUUGGGUAAUCAAAAUGAAGUUUCUGCAGCAACCAUUCCCAAGAGUAGUCCCUCUAGGCAAGUUGAAGCAAUCCAAACAAGUCUUUUGUCACCUGUCCCUCAGACAUCAGCUGACCCCUUGAACCCCGAUUUAGAUUCUAUAUUUGGAUUUGAAGAUGCAUCACAAAAUAGGCUUGCAGCCAGGUUCAUUCAGGCAAUGGAUGACUUGGGCGAUCCUGAGUUACAUCUAGAUAUAACUGAUCAGUCAAAUUCCCAUGAUGGAACAGAGAUAAAUAAAUUCCAGACAGGUAUCAGUUCUGGUGAAUUUCUUAUUCCUGAUAAGACAGUUCAUAUAGUUUCCUCUAUUUCUGGUACAAAUAUGCAAGAUAUGUUUCCCCAUGGAUCAUCUUCAACUAAUGAACUGGUGAGUGGUACAACUGGUCUUACACCAGUGAACAUGAGCCAUAGUGAUAUUAAUUAUAGUGAUUAUCACAUAGAAAGCAAGAGUGUAUCUAAUGCUAGUUUAACAGCUUGUAAAACAACAUGUGCUAUUGAACCUGCCAGCGUGAACUCUUCAUGUAUAAACACAGUAUUGCAAGGUCAAGCUGCCACUCAACACAAUGAAAUAUUAGAAAUUAAAACCGAUACAUUCAAAGCAGGAAAUGAAACAAUUGGAAUUUAUCCACAUAAAUGCUUACCGAAUGAAACUCAACUCAACACAGAAUGCCAAGUAGGUGUUGAUUCAGUAGUAGGGGUUGUUCCCAAUAAGGAAUUUAACCAAAUAACGAGCAGUUACAGUGACAAAAUAAUCAGAGAUGUGGAUGUAACAUGGGAAUAUUUAUCAGAUGAUGCAGAUAUAGACAGCUGUGUAAAACGAAGUCAGCCAGACAGCACAUUGUUUCAUGAAGUGAAUGUGUCCUCAUCAUCUGACACAGCUUCAGAGGUAAAUACAACAAUAGAUGGCAUCCCUAAUAAAAAUACAAAGUACACCGUAUACAGGAAAAAUGCAAGUAGGAAAGAUAACACAAUAGCAGCCAAAAGUAGUUUGACAGUUCAAACGCAACUUGACAGCGGUAAAAAUAGCUCCAAUGUGAGGCCAUGUGAGAUGAACAGUGCAAGUAAGCAGAUAAUGACAUAUGAAUCAAAUCUCAGUCCAAAUACCAGCACACAACAUAAACUUAUUAGUUCAACUAUGCCAUAUAAAAACUCAACAAACUAUUUGAAAGAGAAUGAAAAUAUUCAAUGUAGCUUAGCCGAUAAAUCAUUGUUUAAACAAGGGUCCACUGGUAUGUUGGAGAGUCACAGUAGCCAGUGUAAAACUGGAAAUAAACUUGAACAUGAAAAAACAGGACUAUUGAUAAAAAGUAAAAGUGAAAAGGGGUCAAGUGAAAUAUCUAAAUUAAGCAGUGACAGUAUUACAUUGGAAGCCACUAAUGUGACCUCUACAAAUACAAUUAGUAAAAAUCUGGAAUCCAGUGAAAACAGUAGAGGUCAAAGUUACUUACAAGAUCAGUAUGAAAAACAUGGUAAUGAUACACAUGUACACACAGUGACAAAUAUAGAAAAUGGUAAUUAUAUGUCGUACUUAGGUAUUCAGGCGCAUACAGAUCAGGACUUAAACAUACCACAACCUAUCACAUGUUCGAAUAUAUCACAUUCUGAUAUAGCCACUAAAGUUUAUUGUAAUCCAGAUAAGAGUGAUUCUAUUCAAGUAGAGAUACAAACAGCCUAUGGACCUUGCCCAGAUAUCACUUCUACUAAUACGCUAAACUGUGGGGAACAAGACACUUGUAGCUUAAUAGCUGGAAUUGACAGUGGGAGUGAACAAGUGAAACCAAGUGAAAGAUUGAUUGAAGUAGGUAGACCAUUAAUAAAGGAUAUAUCAAGUACAGAUGAUGACAAUGAUGAGAUCUUGAUUGCAUCUGAUAGACAGAGCAACAUGGGCCGCAAAAAACCUAAGCGUAGAGCAAAAUCAGAUAAUGUAGCAUCUGAUGCUGAAAUUGAUAACAAUGUGGUAUUCCAGAAGACAUCUGAGCAUAGAGAAUCGGAAAAUAAUACUAACAGCUCCCCUUUAACAAGUGGCCUUAAGGAUAUACCCAAAGUGGCAUCUUUCGAUCCCCCUGCUAGAAGUGGUGCCAGUGAUAUUCCCAGUUUACUACCUAAUGAUGCCUCAGUGCUAAGCAUACAACCAGGAAGCCAACCAGAUAUAGGAUCAAACAUUGCUAUCGAUAUGAGUAAUAAAGAGUUGCAAUCUAAUGGUAAGAAUGCACAUGCUAUAACUCCAGAUGUUGAUGGAGCAACUCUUGUAUCAGACAAUGACAUUCAGAGAGGCAAUUCAGAUGAAAGGGAGAAUUCUGAAACCUCAUUGGAUGAUAUUCUACUCGGUCCUGAAUACCAGGAUGAUACUUAUGGAGCAAGUGAUGACAGUAGUGAUUUAUCACUGUCUGAUAUUGAACAGAAUAACAACACACUAGAUGCGCUCGAGGAACUUGAUGAACCGGAAGAAGACCUUAAUAUUAGCAUUGGAAUGCCUUAUAAGGACAUUAGUUUGACUCAACUAGAGUCUGUUGAAAAAACUGAAGAAUCUAUUGAAUUGGAAAACUCAAAUAAAGCACCUGCAGGAACAGACACUUUACGAGACAAAUUGCCUGAGAGUAAUCUUGAUUCUGAUAAUAUCCAAGAAAGCAAAAUCUUUAAUGAAGAUCAAACUAAAGAACUACCUCUACCAGACAUACCAAAAGAUGAAUCAACCAAAGAAACUAUAGACAAUGGAUCAGCAAGUCAAGUGCCUCAGAUAGAUAAGGUUGAUGGUGCUGAGAAUAGGACAAAUACAGUCCAAAAUGUCGAGAGUACAAAUGCAUUUCAUGAAACAGACAUUGAUAUUGCUACAAGUCAAUCUUCAGACCAAAUCGAAAAGGAAAUCUUCAUUUCAGAAGAUCGUACUGAAGACUAUCAUGGUAUCUCAGGAUUACUCAUAGCAGGUACAUCUACCCCGGUGAAAUCAGCCACAUCUAAAGAUGUAAUGCAAGUAAGAACUACCUCAAUAGACAGUGGUGAUGAGAGCUUACCAAACAGCUAUAGUGAACAGAACAGUGACUAUGACGGAUACUACUCUGAUGAAAUGUAUGAUAAUGUUCCAUGUGGCAAUGAUCCCAGAUAUUCUACAUUUUCCAACUUGUCAGAGUUAGAGUUUGGACAAGAUGAAUCAAACUCUGUUAGCACUCCUCAUAAUGAUCAAGAGAAUGGGGAAGUAAAAACUAUUGAUGAUACUGAGGCAGUCCAACAUGAUAAUGUAAUUCAUCGUAGAACACACAUUGAAACCCAACAAUCAGUAGUCAGUUCAACUGGAGAAAGUGAAUGUGAUAGUGAUCUGAUCAAUGAAGCACUGGAUGAAGCAUUUGACAUGUUAGAUGAAAAUCCUAGUCCCUCAAUUAAUGACACUGAGUCAUUUGAGAACUUUGAGAUAUAUGUUCCACCGAGAGAUGAUAGUGAUGAAGAUGGGGAAGAUUUUGAGGAUAAUGAGAUGGUAGUCUAUGGGGAUUAUGAAUUAGGAGAUAAUGAAUCCUGUGUCAGAAACUGUCAUAUUUUAUAUGUGAUACCUGAAGAAGAAUCAGAACAAGUUGAUGUUAUGGUUGCAAUUGAAGGGGAACAAACAGAACCACUUGAAGAGUUUGCUAAGAAACUGAUUGAAAAUGUCCAAAGAAAACUUUCAGAAGAAGAUGAUGUACCAGUAAAUCCCGAAAAUAUGGAAUCACCGGAUGAUCAUAGGAUUUCUAACUUCGAGGAACAGGAUCAGGGCGAUAUAGUAUUUAAAGAUGACAAUGCACCCAGAAAAGAUGUUUUUGAAAAAGAUAAUGAUACUGCGAUGUCAACCCUUGCUGCAAAUAAAGAGGUUUCUUCCAACACCGUUGAUUCUAAAGAAGAACUUGACAACUCAAAUUUCCAGAGAAAACUUUCAGAAGAAGAUGAUAUACCAGUAAAUCCCGAAAAUAUGGAAUCACUGGAUGAACAUAGGGUUUCUAACUUUGAGGAACAGGAUCAGGGUGAGAAAGUAUUUGAAGAUGACAAUGCACCCGGAAAAGAUGUUUUUGAAAAAGAUAAUGAUACUGCGAUGUCACCCCUUGCUGCAAAUAAAGAGGUUUCUUCAAACACUGUUGAUUCUAAAGAAGAACUUGACAACUCAAAUGUCCAGAGAAAACUUUCAGAAGAAGAUGAUGUACCAGUAAAUCCCGAAAAUAUGGAAUCACUGGAUGAACAUAGGGUUUCUAGCUUUGAGGAACAGGAUUGGGGUGAGAAAGUAUUUGAAGAUGACAAUGCACCCGGAAAAGAUGUUUUUGAAAAGGAUAAUGAUACUGCGAUGUCAACCCUUGCUGCAAAUAAAGAGGUUUCUUCCAACACCGUUGAUUCUAAAGAAGAACUUGACAACUCAAAUGCUUUUUCACCUAUAGCUGCUGUAGAUCAACAUGCUAUAGACAACUAUGAUAAUGUAACAAUAGACUCCCAUAUACCUACUGUCCACUUGGAUGAGACUGGUAAUAAUGUAGCAGAACCUGAACAAAUAGAGCAUUCCAAAACAUUGACAUAUAGUAUUGAAGAUGUCCAAGAUCCAACCACAAUAGAAAAAGAAGUAAUUGAAACCAAAGAAAUCAUAGUUGAACGGACAGAAGAAGUUACCACUCAGGAAAACGUGACACUUGAUUUGAACAAUUCAAAAGAAAUUGAAACUGCAAUUGUAAUUACCGAAAAGGAAAAGAAUGAUACAAGUGAACAGCAAAAUAAUUCAGAAGAACAUGAUCCCGUUAUAACAACCAUGAUUUCAAAGGAAAUAGAAACUAUUCAAGAAAGUGGUGAAGUUGAGGUUAUUGGAAAUAUGUCAACAGAAACUACUGGUUCAACAGAAAUAUCAGAGAUCAACAUCGAAGAACUGGAAACCAAACCUGAUGACGAUACAAAUGUCCCUGUCUAUGAGGUACCUCCAAGAUCACAGGAUGUGUUAGAUGAAGAACUUCAGGUUGAUGAUUCUCCAACAGUCAGCUCAGAGAGCAUUAACAUGGAAACAGUUUCAGCACAAGGGAGUGAAAAUGUAAUCAAUUUAGAUGAACAAGCCCAAGCUGAUAACCUUUUGGAUGAAAUUCAAUCUGAGUAUCCAUCAGUAAAGAUUCCAGAAAUUACUGUUGAAGAACAUAGUAUCAGCAAAUUUGCUAACUCUGAUAUUGUAUCUCAAAAUGAGGAAACAGUAUUAUCUUUGGGAAAUGAUGUUGAUGAUCAAAAAGAAAAGAAAAAUGAUCCUAGGUUAGAGGUCAUUGUUGCUACACAAGCAAUUGAAGAUGAUAAUCAAAAUGAAGUUACUACAAAUGAAUCAGUACCUGGUAAAUCUGUAAUAAAGCCUCCAAUUGCUCCAAAACCCAUAUCCUUCAAGGCAGUGUCUGAAACAUCUAAUGAUAAAGAAACACCAAGUCUAGAUUUAAACCCUUCUUCUGACACUAUCAUGCCUAUUGAUAUUGAAAAUGAUCUUGAUAAUGACCCAGUUGUUCCUGUUAAGCCCAAAGUUGGACCCCCUGUCCCACCAAAACCCCCGUCCCAUAAGAGACCGCUUGGUAGAUCUCUUCAACAGGCAAGAGGGCCUUGGACUCGGAGUGAGCCAAAUCUUAUUACAUCUAAUACAGACAUUGACAUUGAACCAGACCCCAAGUCAGCAUCUAAAGAGUCACUCAAUAUGACACUUAAGAAAACCACAGAAAGUGUAACUGUUCAGCCGUAUGAUGAAAGGGGUUCUAAGAUAAGUUUGGCAAGGGAGACAUUAGAACUUACAACAUCAGAUAUCAAAGCUGUGAGUGCAUUCAUGGAGAACAAUUGUCGAACCAUGCCUACUCACCAACGCAACAUGCGACUUGCCCAAAUGAGAGCUAACAAUGUUAUCAAUGCAAUCAUUACAG